GCACAAGUUCGCUUUUCUGCUUUGGUUUAUCAACAUGCAUGUAAUUAUACAUGGGAACACUGCAGAUAAUGAGAGUUCAGAUGUUAAGGGCAUAAUAGGAGCUAUUUUAGAUAGCAGUUCUCGCAUUGGCCAAGAGCAUGCAGUGGCUAUAAAUCUGGCAUUGGAGGACUUUCAUCAAAAAAACAAUCUGAGUUUUGCUCUGCAUGUAAGAAACUCUCAAGGAGAUCCUCUUUUGGCAGCUACCGCAGCUAGAGAUCUCAUCGAUAAUCAAAAGGUGCAAGCCAUCAUUGGACCACAAACAUGGGCAGAGACAUCUUUAGUUGCUGAAGUUUGUACCCAAAAGAGCAUACCUUUCCUUUCUCUAGCGGAUGCAACUCCAGAAUGGGCAAUGAAGAAGUGGCCCUUCCUGCUGCAAUCCUCUCCUAGGCAAAUUAUGCAGAUGAAAGCUAUUGCUGAAAUUGUAAAGUCUUGGAAACUCUAUAAUGUCAGCAUGAUAUAUGAAGAUGGAGACUCGUCAUCCACUGAAGUUUUAUCUCGGCUCUCUGAAGCUCUUACAUCAGUUGGCACAGAAUUAAGCAAUGUUCUAACAGUUCCACCUCUAGUUUCUUCUUCAUUGUCUCAACAACUUGAGAAGCUAAGAGAAGGACAAUGCAGAGUCCUUAUUGUCCAUUUGUCCUUUCCUUUGGCACUACACCUGUUUGAAACUGCAAAAAGAAUGGAUAUGAUGGGGGAAGGUAAUGUAUGGAUUACUACUGGUACCUUUACAAGCCUUGUUCAUUCCUUGAAUGCAUCCACUAUCUCCAAUAUGCAAGGGGUUAUUGGAGUCAAGAGCUAUAUCCCAAAACUAUGGCACCAGUAUGGAAACUUCUACCAUAGAUUUCGGAAAAAAUUUAGCUCGGAGAAUUUUGAAGAGUUUAAUUAUGAGCCUGGAAUCUUUGCCACCGAAGCUUAUGAUGCUGCAACGAUUGUGGUUGAUUCAAUGAGGAAAACCAACAAAAAAGGGGGUCAAUUUUUGCUGGAUAAGAUUUUACGUAGUAAUUUUACUGGCUUAAGUGGACAAAUUCAGUUCAAUGGACAUGAAAGAGCUCCAAAACAUACUUUUCAAAUCAUUAAUGUGAUUGGGAGUAGCUACAGGGAAAUUGGGUUCUGGUCAGAUGGACUUGGUUUCUCAAAAUCUUUGGAUCCUAAUGCUUCUUACAGUUCUUCAGUGAAGGAAUUAGGAAAGGUAGUUAAUCCAACAUGUGACAUACGACUAAGGAUUGGUGUCCCCUCCAUGUCAAUCUUCAAACAGUAUGCCAAUGUUAUUCAAGAUCACUCAGAAAAUGUUACUUCCUUCAAGGGAUUUGCCAUAGAUCUUUUCUAUGAAACAGUAAAAAAAUUGCCAUACCAUCUGGAAUAUGAUUAUUUUGCGUUUAAUGGCACAUAUGAUGAGCUGGUGAAGCAAGUUUAUCUGAAGAACUAUGAUGCAGUUGUUGGUGAUGUAACAAUAGUGUCCACGCGUUAUGAAUAUGCAUCAUUCACUCAACCCUUUACUGAUACGGGACUGGUGAUGGUUGUUCCUGUAAAAUCAAAAACAGGUGGUAGAACGUGGCUAUUCAUGAAGCCUUUCACAAAGCUCAUGUGGAUUCUAAUAUUGGUCAUCAUUUUCUACAAUGGCUUUGUUGUAUGGAUGAUUGAAAGAAACCACUGCCCUGAACUGAAGGGCCCUAUUCUGCAUCAAACCACAACUAUGCUGUGGUUGGCUUUCUGUUCUCUGUUCUCUUUGAAUGGGGACAGGUUGCAUAGCAAUUUAUCAAGGGUGGCAAUGGUAGUAUGGUUUUUUGUGGCUCUAAUCAUUACGCAGAUUUACACUGCUAGCCUUGCCAGCAUGUUGAUUGUUGAACAGUUUGAACCAACUGUAGACAGCAUUCAGCAGCUAAAGAACAACAAUGCCAUUGUAGGAUGUGAUAGAGGAUCCUACUUGCAAAGAUAUCUGCAGGAUGCAUUGGGCAUCAAUGCUGAAAACAUCAAGCAGUUUGACUCACAAGAGAGCCAUGCUAAUGCCCUAAGAAACAAAAAAAUAGCAGCUGUCUUCCUUGAUGUUCCUGGGGCCAAAAUUUUCCUUGCAAAGUACUGUAAAGGGUUUGUUCAAGCAGGGCCUAUAUACAAACUUGGAGGAUAUGGAUUUGUAUUUCCAAGGGGAUCUCCAUUGCUUCCUGGUGUAAACCAAGCCCUGCUGAACAUAUCUGAAAGUGGCACACUUCGUGAUCUCGAAAACAGUAUGCUUGCAUCAGAGAAAUGUAAAGACAUAAUUGACCCAGGUGCAGAAACUACUAGUCUUAGCCCUGCAAGCUUCAUGGUGCUCUUCAUCUUAACUGGAGGCACUUCAACAACUGCUCUCUUAAUUUACAUAUUUUCUGAGAGUUAUUUAUGGCCUGGACAGAGAACAAUGUGGAGUCUAAUGAUGGCUGUGAUUAAACAUUGGAGAUCUCAAAAGAGACUGUUUUCAAGAAGAGUCCACAAUGUUGCAAAAAGUCCUUUAAACUUUGCGACCUAGGAAAGGCCAAUAUCUGAUUCAGUUGAUGAUCUGUUAAAAGCUGUUGCGUACUAUUAGCAAAAUAGUAAAAAGCCAAGUCUUCCUUGGUUUCCUGGAAGUCUUAUUUUUUUCCCUGAAAUUUCCACAAUGAAUCAGUCUACUCAGGAACAGUUGAAAACAAAGGAAGUGAAUAUACUAUAAAAAGAAAAGAAGCGUAACUUCGAAUUCAAAUAAUAAAUUCUUGGUAGAAACUUUCCAAAGUGAAAUAGUAAGUGAUUAGCAGAGCACAUGCAUGUUGCAUAGCAUAACAUUUAUUCAAGUCUGUCUAGUCAUAGAGUUAGUUUGCAAAAUAAGAAUGAGUACAUAAAUAUUUUCAAGUCGGAGGUCUUUAGUUUGAUUCCUGUAAAAAAACAAUACUUGUGGAGGGGUGAACCAGAACCAGCUUUUGCAGGACUAACUCUGAAAGAGGGGUCCAAAAAAAUCAAAAGCUUACCAUUACAUUCCAAU